AUGGUGUAUAGUCGAAGUGAAACAAAUUUGUCAAAUAUAUUUAUUAAUUUAUGUACAAGUCCAAAUGUAAUUGAAUCUAAAAAUUUAAAACAAAAUUAUCAACGAUGUUAUCCACCGUUAAAACCACUCACCACACUACGAUCAAACUCAUGUUCUGGUCUGAUUAAUGAACCAGUAGAUGAAAAUAUUCAGAAAUCAAAUGAAAUUUCAUGUGGAAAUAUUAUUGUUAAACAUGUAUCAUUCGACGAUUCUUCAUUACGUGAAAAUCAAGUAGUUAAGUGCUCAGUGGUAGAAACUGAUGUUGAACACAAACCCCUUCAACCCUUUGUCAGUUAUGGUUUUAUGUUAUCAGAUUCUUCGCAGGAAACACCAUCUUCUUUAAAAACAUCCCCUCCAUUAUGUCCAAUGGUUUCUACAGGUUUCAAUAUCGAGACAAAAUCAGAUUUGAAUACCGAGACAAAAACUUCAUCCGAUCUUAUUAAUAGAAACGUAUUAUCGUCAGUUUCUAUGCCUGAUUAUGUUAAUAUAACGAGUCAGCGAUUAAACGAAACAAAACGUUGUCAAUCGAAACAGUCUGAUUAUACAACACAUCGUUUACAAAGUCGAUAUAAGUCACGAGAACAUUUAAGAAAAUCAUUUCUUUCAUGA